AUGGAAAUGUUAUCUAAUCUAUUACUAUCACAAAUCAUAUCAGAGAUUGACAGCAAUGUAGAUCUAAUAUGUUUGUUGUUGACUUGUAAAAGGUUAUAUAGUAAUAGUAGUAGUUUAAGAGAUACAAUCAAGUUUAAAGAGAUUAGAGCUAUCACUGACAAGGGUCAUUUAAGUGAACGGUUUGCAGCCACAGUCAAUCGAUUCAACUUGAAAGCAUUCAAACAAGUAUUUGAGAAUAGUGUGUCUGAUCAUUUCGUCUCUGUAGAUGACGACAGCAUGGUCGCUUCACAACUCUUGUCGUCGUGGAUCUCUACUCGUCUGACUCAAAAGAAUGCUAGUGUUAAAGCAGCGUUGUUGGUGGUUGGAGAACCGUGUGUGGAAGAGUUGAUCGGUGCUCGAUUAGACGACUACAUCAACCAACGUACAUCGUCACUAAAGUCGCUUGGUCAUCUCGACCUUCCAACAACAAAGGAAUUGUAUAUUAAAUACUUGAACAACCUUGUAUUGGAUCUUGAAUCGGUCGACUUGUCACCGACUGUGGAGCACCUCUCGGUGUUUGCAUACAAUGUCAAGAUUGGGUCACACCAACACGUCAAGACUCUGACUCUAAACCUCACCACUCCCCUUCAAAUCCCGUUAUGUGAAUUGGGACUGGACAGACUUUCGUCGCUGACCACUCUGUCUCUCAAGAGUGACUUUGUCUCUAAAAUCAAGCCUGGUAUCUUGCCAACCAGUCUGACGUCACUCAGUCUCAAGGCACGAAAGAUACCGUCAGAUGACCUAUUCCUGCCAUUGAAAUCGCUCGUCCAUCUCAAGAUAUCGUAUUGUUGUUCUAUGAUCAUGGCCGAGGACUCGAAAGAGUAUUGUGUCAACCUAGAGUCGCUUGGAUCACUCGUCUCUUUUAAAUUCUACGAGGAUGAUCUUGACGUCGAUGAUCGAACACGUAUAGAGGUUCGUCCACCCCCGUCACUCACCAAUCUCUGUCUCUUGUCACCAAGCGUGCACAUUCCUUCGCCGAGAUAUAGUCUACCACUGCUCGAUCGUUUAAGCGUGCCGUUUGGAUCACUUGUUGGCGGCAAGGUCAGUCUCUUGUCGUCUCCAUUACUCAAGACACUCAUCAUGACGGAUUGCGAUGGUAUUGUGCCAGCUGGACUCAUUCCACAGUCUGUUGAAACAGUCAAAAUUUGCAGUGGUCUGCAAUCCAAUACACUUGAACCUGGAUCCAUCCCAUCGUCAGUCACCAAUUUAAGACUUGACCUAUUCCACGGAUCAAUGACGUUGCUACCCGAGUCACUUACCAAACUAGAUAUGAUUAGAAGUAUGACCGAGGAUACGACCACACUGACACUUCCUAGUCAAUUGCAGCACAUUAAAUGGAGGUCAAACUGGGGUGCUCGGACAUUAUUGCUCACCCUUCCAACUACGUAUCCCGUCAAUCUGCACACACUCAAUAUGCUCAAUUUAUCGGGAGACUAUCGAGUCAGUGUGCCACCAACGAUCACCUCUCUCUCUAUUCCAUUGUUUGAAAAAGAAUCAAUCGAGGAUCGGUCAGACGCAAUCACUGUUUUUACGAUUGCCAAAAAGAUAAACAUAAUCAACAAUCUUCAACAACAACAAGAAUGGUUACCCAACAGCACCACCCAUCUAUGUUGUCGUCUCUUAAAAAAAAGAGAAUCGACUGUCAAUUUUAGAUUGGACCAAGUGAUCAAUCAGACCAAUGUCAAGCAAUUAGAAUUUCAAUUGGGUGGAGAGAUUUACAACUUUUCAAUCAAACGAUUGGAUCAACAAAACAAAAGUGUAUUGUUUGUAGAUUCGAAAUCAUUGUAUGGUGGAAUCAUUACCCAAAGAAUAUCAUCAUCAUCAUCAAUGGUGGAUGGUCAAUCAUUUGCACCAAUCUAUUUGUAUCUCUCUGAAUAUGAUCCAACCAGAGUUGGGUGGGGUUUUGAACCUCUUCAAUAA